AUGGAUUGGUAUCAAGAAGCGCUUUCAAAAUUUUGCAAUUCUCGUCCACCAAGCUCUGAAUGGGUUUCCUUCAUUGAUUCUAUUAAUUACGAGAAGCCUCACCUUUCUUAUGGCUACAUAAAUGAAUAUCUCCUCUCAAAAACCUUCCUCACUGGUCCUCAGCUCUCCUCAGAAGAUUUCUACCUCGCCUACAAGCUCAAAAAUAUCCCAUCCUUUGCCAAGCUCCUCACCAGCAAAUUAAAGCCCCAGCAUCUCUGCCGCUGGUUCCAUCACAUUUUUACUAUUUUUCCUGACGAAAGUUAUGAAAUUUACAAAAAACAUGCUGAGAUCAUCGAUUCCAGACUCAUUGAGGCCUUAAAAUCCAACGACAUGAAAAAAUUUCAAAGUCUCCUAGGUCUUGUCAAUAUAAAUGCCAGAGAUUCUAUAUGUGAAGGACCAAGACCUAUCCACAUAGCCUGCAAGCUCGGAAAUUUCGAAGCUUUAAACAAAUUAAUAGAAAACGGGGCAAGCAUUGAGACUUUAGACGAAGAAGGACUAACCCCAAUUUUUUAUGCAGUAAAAUGCAAAAAUAUUGAGAUGUUUAAGUAUUUGGUUACGCUGGGAGCUAAUGUAUUUCACAUAGAAAACCAAAAAAGGUCCCUAUUUUUUUGGGCUGCAAGCGCACAAAGGCUUGAUAUUUUGGAUAUUUUGAUAGAAAAAGGAUGUGAUGCUAAUGCUAGAACUAUUCUGGGGAGGACUGCUUUGAGUAAAGCUGCAUGGAAUGGCGCGAUCGAUAUUAUAAAAUAUUUAUUAAAAAUCCCAGAGAUACAACUGAAUACGCCUGAUGGUAAAUUAAGGACGCCUUUACAUAAUGCAGUAUGGGGCUGCGCAGGAGGGAGACUUCAUAAAAAAAUGGGAAAAAAUUCAAAUGACUGUCCUGAAGCUGCUGAACUUUUAUUAGACCAUGGAGCUGAUAUAGAAGCUAUGGACGAUUCUGGGAAUACCCCUUUAUGUAUAGCUGCCUCUACAAAGGCAGAGAAUUCUUUAAAACUUUUAAUAGCUAGAGGAGGGAACGUAUAUCACCAAAACUCCUAUGGAUACCCACCUCUUCAUCAAGCUUGCUACCGCGGACAUGUGGAUUGUGUCCAGAUUUUGCUUGACUAUGGAGUUGAUAUAAAUUCCAAAUGCAAAAAUGGCUGGACUUCCCUUGAAGACUCUAUUCAUUUUAAUAAAGAAAAAGUUGUUGAUCUUUUACUGUCACGAAAUGCUAUAUGUGACGAAAAUACUAUAAAAAUUGGCUUAAAAGACGGCAAAUUUCCUAUAAUACAAAAAUUGUUUAGUUACUCGUCAAGGAAUCCUGAUGAUUUCAUUUCUUAUUGUUUAGAAGAAGGAAAUGAUGAAAAUACCUUGUGGGUUUUGGAAAAUUCGAAAAGGGAUAUAAACUUGGAAGAGUUGAGGCUUGGGCUUAGAAGGAGUAAGAAAAUUGCGGAUCUGGUACUGGGAAAGUGGGAUAAGGAAAUCCCGAAUGAAAUUUUGGAGAUGGGGAUUGAGUUUAGGUUAGAAAUAAAUGAUUUGUUAAGCCAGUUGAGUCCGACUGCAAGAGCUUUGCAUUUAGCUAUAGCAUUUUCUAUAAAUUAAUUAGGAAAAAUUAUAGUAUAAUUAAUUCAUAAAUCAAUGGAAAUAGAGUAUAUCGAAAGGAAAUGAAGCUUUGGCUUUAAAAAUGAUAGAAAAAGACAACGAAUUGUGAAAGAAAACUGAUGAAAGCACAGGACAAACUGCUUUGCAUAUUGCUGCAAGAUAUGGGAAAUGCCAAAUCGCUGCGAAUUUAGUAAAAAUGGCUUGAGAUCCUAUCCAGUAUAUAACUUUAGAAGAUAAAGAAGGCUUAAACGCCAUCAUGAUAUCAGAAAUUCACAAUUUCCCUUAUUUUUCAGCACUUUUAACUCUCCCUCUUUAAAUUGUAAAAAUAUCGGUAAAAUUUCCAUUUUGGUACUUUAACCCUUGAAAUGGAGCAUUUUUUUCAAUAAAAAAAAAUUUUCUAGGUAAAAUGAUAAUUUUUAUAUAUAUUUUUAAUGGAAAAAGUGUAAUGUUUGAGCAGAUUUUUAAUUUUUGAAUUAAUUUUUUAUAAAGUAUUUUGAAAUUUAAAGCAUUGCAUUCAUUUUAAUUUUUUAUAAAUAUUUUAAAAUUAGCCCCCUUAAAUUUGUAUAGAUUUUUUGUUACAAUUUGAAAAGGGAGGAGAGUAAGAGACCUUUAUAAGCAGGCUUCCCAAAAAGAGAUUUUCAGCUAUGUCAAAAAUAUUGAAUUUACAGAAACUUCAGAGCCAGUUCCCAAGCAUCCUUUGACUCUGGAAGAAAUGCAGAAUAAUUUCUAUAGCAUAAACGCUACCCUUAAAGAAAUUAAAGAAACUGAAACCAUUUGGGUAGACACACAAGAGUUACUGGAAAGCAUGAAGUCUUAUUUCCAGGACAUUAAAGUUAUAGGUUUUGAUUUAGAGUACCACAAUUUUGACGCUAAAAAAGGUUGCAUUUGCCUAUAUUUUUUUAAUUAAAUUUUUUUAUAUAAAAGUAAUGCCCUUUUCUUAUUUUUUAUAAAAAACUUAUAAGGCUGGCGAUCUUAAAAUAAACCCAAUAGAAGCCAGAAUAGAUAGUCCAGAUUUCUUCAGGCGAAAAAGACUUUGUGGUCGAUUUGCUUACCAAUAGAAAAAACAUUGGAGAAUUUUUAAGAAAUUUAAUGCUUGAUCAAGAAAAACUCAAAAUUUUCCAUGGCUCAGAUUCUGACCUAGCAUGGCUGCAAAAUGAUUUUUCCGCUUUUGCAGUGAAUAUUUUUGACACUGCAAGAGCUUACAAAAUAAUUGCUGGGGAAAUCGAGGCACAGUCACUGGCGUCUUUAAUUAAUAUUUAUUUGGGAAUUAAAAUUGAUAAGACUUUUCAAAUCGCUGAUUGGAGAAUCAGGCCGAUCCCAAAGCCGAUGCUAGAGUAUGCAAGAUGUGACGCCCAUUAUUUGCCAUUUCUUUAUCUAGCUCCCCAGUAAUAAAAUUCUUGCUUACUCAUGGAUAGUUUUUGCCCAAAAUUCAAAUCGUAAUUUUAUAUGAAUAGAUAAAAUUAGCUUAUUAUGGGUGUUUUCAGAUAAAAAGCAAAAAUGCAAAUUUUCGUCAUUUAUCCCUUAAUAAUAAGCAAAUUUCGAUUUAUUCAUAUAAAGUGUACCAUUUGAAAAUUUGUGCAAAAUCUCCAACAAAUAAACAAUAUUUCGCUUAUAAUUGGGGGGGAGUAAGAAUGAAGAGUGAACUGUCUGCUGAGCAGUUAGAGUUGCUGGCAAAUACAUUUAAUGCCAUGUGCCAGAAGUCCUCAUCAAGUAAGUUAACAAGAGUAGACAUAACUAAUUGUGGGUAA